AUGGUGCAAGGACCCUAUAUUGGAACUGCCCCAGCCCCCACAGCGGUUGCCAUGGUUACAGGCCUGGGGGCAACGUGCGCAUCCAUCCUGGGAGUGCCAUGUGCAGUGAGCUGGCAUGAUCACGGGGCUAAUAUUGAUGAGGUGGAGACAGAGGUGGUGGAGAUCGAAGCCAAGCUUGAUAAGUUCAGCAAGCUCAGCAACACAACAGCUUCAGCACAGACCUAUGAUCUCAUGGGAUUUUUCUCAAAGAAAACUGUUGGAGAAGUCACACUGAAGAGGAAUCUUAGGAAACUUAGACUGGACAGACAAUGUCACCGCCAAACUAAGCUCUUUAUCAACGGCAUCCGUGACCUAUCCCAGCAGUGCAAGAAGGACCAAAUGAUAUCGGAUUGUUUGGAAAAGUGUGGCGAGAGUUUGCAGGAGAUUGUCAACUACCACAUGAUCCUGUUUGAUCAAGCUCAGAGAUCAGUGAAGCAGCAGUUGCACAACUUUGUUAAAGAUGAUGUGCGUAAAUUCAAGGACACGAAGAAGCACUUUGAUAAGGUGAGGGAAGAUUUGGAGAUCGCACAGGUGAAGAACGCCCAGGCACCUCGAAACAAACCUCAUGAGGUGGAGGAAGCCACCAGCACCCUCAACUUCAACCGCAAGUGCUUCAGACAUCUCGCACUGGACUAUGUGCUGCAGAUCAAUGUCCUUCAAGCCAAAAAGAAAUUUGAGAUCUUGGAUGCGAUGUUAUCCUUCAUGCAUGCGCAGUACUCCCUGUAUCAGCAGGGCUACAACCUACUGGAUGAGAUUGACCCCUACAUGAAAAAACUGGCUGCUGAGCUGGAUCAACUGGUGAUUGAUUCAGCGAUGGAGAAGAGAGAAAUGGAGCAUAAGCAUGCCACGAUUCAGCAGCGGACACUGUUACAGGACUUUGCGUAUGACGACCCAAAGUUGGAGUUUAACGUGGAUGCGCCCAAUGGAUUGGUGAUGGAGGGCUAUCUGUUCAAAAGGGCCAGUAACGCCUUCAAAACAUGGAACAGGCGGUGGUUUUCCAUCCAGAACAGCCAGCUGGUUUAUCAGAAGAAACUCAAGGAUUCGCUGACAGUUGUUGUGGAGGACUUGAGACUCUGUUCUGUCAAACCUUGUGAAGACAUCGAGAGGAGGUUCUGUUUUGAAGUCGUGUCACCCACCAAGAGCUGUAUACUACAGGCAGAGUCAGAGAAACUCCGGCAGGCCUGGAUCCUGGCGGUUCAAGCUAGCAUCGCCUCAGCGUACAGAGAGAGUCCAGACAAUUAUUACAUUGAGCGUUUGGACCGGACUGCUUCGCCCUCCAUCAGCAGUAUAGACUCAGCAAAUGAGCCCAGAGAGCGCAGCAGCAGGGGCGAGAGCAUUCUGCAGCGUAUCCUGUGUCUGCCGGGAAACCAGCAGUGCUGUGACUGUGGGCAGGCUGAGCCGCGCUGGGCCAGCAUCAAUCUGGAUACUCUGCUCUGCAUCGAGUGCUCCGGCAUUCACAGGAGUUUGGGAGUUCAUUGUUCAAAGGUCCGUUCUCUCACCCUGGACUCAUGGGAACCAGAGUUACUGAAGCUGAUGUGUGAACUAGGAAACAGUAUCAUCAACCACAUCUAUGAAGGCAGCUGUGAAGAGCAGGGCCUGAAGAAACCAGGACCCAGCAGCUCCAGGCAAGAAAAGGAGGCCUGGAUCAAAGCGAAGUAUGUGGAGAAGAAGUUCCUGAAGAAGAUGAUGGCGAGUGAAGUUGUGGUCAACGGCGGGAGAAAAUCAGAGCGCCGAUGGAACUCCAGGAAAUGCAGGAGACAUAACAGCGCCACAAACGUCCCCAAAACACACCGCAAAUACAGACUAGAGCCAGGCAGUGCAUCUCCUGCAACCCUUUCCUCAGCAACUGCUGCUCUGGAGAGAAAGUUAAAACGGGAAUCCCUCUUUUGCCCGGAUGAGCUGGACACCCUCUUUUCAUAUUUUGAUACUGGUUCAGGGCCUCGCAGUCUGAGCAGUGACAGUGGGUUAGGUGGCAGUACUGAUGGCAGCACUGACGUCUUGGUGUUUGAGUCUGUGGUGGACAGUGUCACAGAGGAGGAGUGUGAGGUGUCUGAAGACUCCAGUAAUGAGGCUGAACUGGAGCCGGAGACGUCAGAUCCAGAGGAUUUGAGAGAACUGGAUCCCGGAGCAUUACUCUAUAAGGCCUGUCAGGCACGAAAUCUGCCCGUCAUGGCUGAAGCUCUGGCACAUGGAGCUGACGUCAGCUCAGUGAAUGAAGAGGAUGAGGGGAAAAGCCCCCUUAUUCAGGCUGUGAUUGGAGGUUCCUUGAUAGCCUGUGAGUUUCUGCUCCAAAAUGGUGCAGAUGUCAACCAAAGAGAUCACAGGGGAAGAGGCCCGCUGCAUCACGCCACAUAUUUAGGUCAUACUGGUCAAGUGUGUUUGUUCCUGAAACGAGGAGCGUCCCAGAACGAUGGUGAUGAGGAUGGCCAGGACCCACUGAGCAUAGCGGUUCAAGCCGCUAACGCUGACAUAGUUACUCUGUUACGUCUAGCACGUAUGAACGAGGAGAUGCGCGAGUCAGAGGGUCCGUUCGGUCAGCCAGGCGACACCACAUACCUGGACAUUUUCCGAGAGUUUUCCCAUAUGGCAUCCCACAAUCCUGAGAAGCUGAAACGGAGGAGUAUUCACUUCCGUCACUCCUUCAGGUAG